AUGCUCACGCGCGCGCUUCACAACCGCAUCGCCAUCCGCGCGUACCCGGUUUUACUCGCACUCGCACUGGCACUCGUGCUACUCGGGCUACUCGCCGACUCGCUCUCGCUGGUACCUGGACUUGAAGUCGGGGUUGUGCUUGUUUCAAAGGUUGUGGGUGUUGCGGUGCUGGAUUGCCAUGUCCAAGACGAGGAGUCUGAGGAGGAUUCUGAGGAAGAAGAGGAGUCUGAGGAAGAGGGCGAAGACGAAGACGAAGAUGAGGGCGAAGAUGAAGUCUCCGAGGAAGACGAAGGCGAGGGUGAAGAAGAAGAAGAAGAAGAAGAAGAAGAAGAAGAAGAAGAAGAAGAAGAAGAAGAAGACGAAGAAGAAGACGAAGAAGAUGACGAAGAAGCAGACUCAACAGGCCACGACGACGCCGUAGCAUCCGUAUUCGUAUUAAUCGACGUGGUACUCGACGAAGAAACACCCGGUGGCGUCCAGUAG